AUGUCAUCGCAAGCAUCUCUGGCUUCGAAGGUCCUGCCUCGUCUUAGCGCCACCGCCCGCCAUCUCUCCUCCCACAUCCGUCGAUCCUCCUCUUCCUCCGCAAGACGCCAUCUGUCGUCAUCUUCAGUCGCCUCCGACAAGACCUACUUCCCACAGUCGAUCCCAACAAUCCAGCAGCAUGGCCAAGCGCCCCUGAAGCAUCAGCAUCAGCAAUACCAAAAGCACACCACUUCCCUGAACCCAUACAAGUCCAUUGCAAUCCGUCGAGAAGGCAAGAAUCGCUGGGAACGACGUGCGGCCCUGACACCCGAGGCCGUUGAAAAACUAAUCAAGGAGACGGGCAUCAAGGUCUAUGUUCAACCGAGCACAAAGCGCAUCUUUUCAGAUGACAAGUAUCGUGCUGCAGGAGCGAUUGUCCAGGAGGACCUUUCGCCUGCGGAUAUCAUCUUGGGAAUCAAAGAGGUCCCCAUCAAGGAUCUGCUCCCCGGCAAGACUUAUGUCUAUUUUUCACACACGCAUAAGGGUCAAGAGUACAACAUGCCCAUGUUGCAGGAUGUCCUCGACAAAAAUAUCCGCCUCAUCGACUAUGAGCUGAUGGCUAAUGAAAGGAAGCAGCGUUUGGUGUUGUUUGGAAAGCAUGCCGGCUACGCUGGCAUGAUCGAUGGAGUCCAUGGUCUGGGUCAAAGACUGCUCGGUCUCGGCUACAGCAGCCCCUUCCUGCAUGUGGGUAUGGCACACAACUACAAGUCCCUGGCCUCUGCGAAGCUUGCGCUCCAAUCUCUGGGUAACACCAUCGCAGACGAGGGCACUCCCAAGGAAUUCGGACCCAUGAUCUUUACAUUCACUGGAAGCGGAAAUGUUUCCCAGGGAGCCCAGGCCGUCUUCAAGUCACUCCCCCACGAGUUUGUCGAUCCCAAGGAUCUCGCCAAGAUUGCUACCAGCAAGAAUGCCCGCUUGGAUCGCAUUUAUGCUGCAGAGGUCAAUAUCCAAGACCAUAUUCGCCACAAGACCAAGAAUGAGUUCACAACUGCUGAAGAGUACUUUGCCCAUCCUGAGCAGUUCACCUCUGUCUUCCACAAGGAGAUUGCGCCUUACUCGUCCAUGGUCAUCAACGGCGCGUAUUGGGAUCACCGGUACCCUCGCCUGAUGACCACAGAGCAAUUGAAGACUGUCCAGAGCGAUCCUGCCAACAAGUUCAGGAUGUUGAGCAUUGCUGACAUCUCAUGCGACAUCAAUGGUUCUUUCGAAUUCAUGUCCCACGCCACCUCGAUCGAGGAUCCAUUCUUCUAUGUGGAUGCAGUGAACGGAAGAGAGCACAAGGAUACUGAGGCUAUCGGAGUCCAGAUUAUGUCCGUCGACAUUCUUCCUUCGGAGCUCCCCUUGGAGAGCAGCCAGCACUUUAGCGAGUCGCUCUACCCCUUCAUCAAGGAAUUGAUCCGCGACAACCACGAUCACCCUGUCCUCGCUGGAGCAACCAUUGCAGAUAGCGGAUCCCUCAAGCCUGCGCACAAGGGCUUGAGCGAGGUCUUGAAGAACGCGCACGCCAAGGAGACGCUGGCCAAGCUCAAGUCUUCCCUCGGCACUACUGGUGAGACCAGCGUGGGAAUGGGCAUCAAGCCCAAGAAGGUUCUCCUGUGCGGCUCUGGUUUCGUGGCUGGACCUCUUGUUGACUACCUGCUGAGGGAUCCCAACGUCAGCAUCACGAUUGCCAGUAACUCUCAGACUGAGGCCACAUCUCUUGCUUUGGGCAAGCCCAACACCACGGUAGUCCCAUUGGAUGUAAAGGACAACGCAAAAAUGGCCUCGUUGGUCAAGGACUCUGAUAUCGUUGUCAGCUUUGUCCCCGCACCCUUCCACCCCAUCAUUGCGGAGCACUGCAUUCAGGAGAAGAAGAACAUGGUCACAGCCAGCUAUAUCAGCCCAGCCAUGAAGGAUCUGGAUGAGCGUGCGCAGCGUGCUGGCAUUACGAUCAUGAACGAGAUCGGAUUGGACCCUGGUAUCGAUCACUUGAGCGCCAUGAAGAUGAUUGACGAGGUCAAGAGCGAGGGCGGAAAAGUCACAUCCUUUGUGUCUUGGUGCGGAGGUUUGCCUGCUCCUGAAGCCUCAAACGUCCCCCUGAGCUACAAGUUUAGCUGGUCCCCUCGAGGUGUGUUGACGGCUGGACUGAACGAUGCCAAGUUCAGGAUGCACAAUGGGUUCCACGAGAUCUCUGGCAAGGAUUUGAUGAGGAAGCACUUCCCUGAUGUGCCCAUCUAUCCAGGAUUUAACCUCGAGGGUGUUGCUAACCGCGACUCCUUGAGCUAUGCCCAGACAUAUGGAUUGGGCCCCGUUGAGAAGCUGGACACCAUGUUCCGAGGAACCCUGCGCUACAAGGGAUAUGCUGAUUUGAUGUAUUCGUUCAACAGGCUGGGACUCUUGAACGCUGAAAACAGCCAGCAGAACUUCAGCUCAUGGUCUGAAUUCAUGGACAGUGUCCUGUUUGGUAACGGUUCCCAUCACGACAACGAGUCCCGCAGGGCUGCGAUUGCCGAUCGCCUCGACCUCCCCAAGAACCACGGCAGUGUCGACAAGGCUGUUGAUGCCCUCCAAUGGCUUAAUUUGAUGCCCACCUUCAAUAACAGUCAAGUGGCACCUUUCACUGCCAAGAACUCACCGACAGUCCUCGACAGCUUCUGCAGCCUGUUGAUGCAAAAGCUCAAGUACAAUCCUCUGGAACGCGACAUGGUGAUUCUGCACCAUGAGUUUGGAGUACAGCUGAAGGACGGAUCGGAGCAGACACGUACCUCGACCUUGGUUUCGUACGGUACCUUCGAGACCUACACGGCCAUGGCCAAGACUGUGGGACUUCCAGCAGCAAUGGCGACGGAGAUGCUGCUGAAGGGCGAGAUCCCGGAGAAGGGAGUGUUGGCACCAACGAUGCCACAUGUGUACAACACUAUUCUGGAGAAGCUGGAUCGUGAGGGCGUCUCUGUGCUGGAGCAGAUUGUGCACAAGGGCAUGAGACCCUCGUUGAGGUGGGGCGGCAGCGGAGUCUUCAAGUAA